GGCCGGCGGGCGGGGAGGGCGCCCCGCGUCCGAGCAGUGAGCCGGGCCUGACGCCGUGCGGGCCCCGCGUCGCCGCGACCGCGCCAUGGCGGAGACCAAGAUCAUCUACCACAUGGAUGAGGAGGAGACACCGUACCUGGUCAAGCUGCCGGUGGCCCCCGAGCGCGUCACGCUGGCUGACUUCAAGAACGUGCUCAGCAACCGGCCGGUGCACGCCUACAAAUUCUUCUUCAAGUCUAUGGACCAGGACUUCGGGGUGGUGAAAGAGGAGAUUUUUGAUGAUAAUGCCAAGCUGCCCUGCUUCAAUGGCCGAGUGGUUUCCUGGCUGGUCCUGGCUGAGGGCGCUCACUCGGAUGCAGGGUCCCAGGGCACUGACAGCCACACGGACCUGCCCCCACCCCUUGAGAGGACAGGUGGCAUUGGUGACUCCAGGCCCCCCUCCUUCCAUCCAAAUGUUGCCAGUAGCCGAGAUGGAAUGGACAAUGAGACAGGCACAGAAUCUAUGGUCAGUCACCGGAGGGAGCGAGUCCGACGCCGAAACCGUGAUGAGGCUGCCCGAACCAAUGGGCACCCAAGGGGGGACCGGCGGCGGGACCUGGGGCUGCCCCCAGACAGCGCAUCCACUGCACUGAGCAGUGAGCUCGAGUCAAGCAGCUUCAUCGACUCAGAUGAGGAGGACAACACAAGCCGGCUGAGCAGCUCUACAGAACAGAGUACUUCUUCUCGGCUCAUUCGGAAGCACAAACGCCGCCGGCGGAAGCAGCGCUUGCGGCAGACAGAUCGGGCCUCCUCCUUCAGCAGCAUCACUGACUCCACCAUGUCCCUGAACAUUAUCACCGUCACACUGAACAUGGAGAGGCACCACUUCCUGGGCAUCAGCAUCGUGGGCCAGAGCAACGACCGGGGUGAUGGUGGCAUCUACAUCGGCUCCAUCAUGAAGGGCGGGGCCGUGGCCGCUGACGGCCGCAUUGAGCCAGGCGACAUGCUGCUUCAGGUAAAUGAUGUCAACUUUGAGAACAUGAGCAAUGAUGAUGCUGUGCGGGUGCUACGGGAGAUCGUAUCCCAGACAGGGCCUAUCAGCCUCACAGUGGCUAAGUGCUGGGAUCCAACCCCUCGGAGCUACUUUACUAUCCCAAGGGCUGACCCGGUGCGACCCAUUGACCCAGCUGCCUGGCUGUCGCACACAGCAGCACUGACGGGUGCCCUGCCCCGCUAUGGUACGAGUCCCUGCUCCAGCGCCAUCACACGCACCAGCUCUUCCUCACUAACCAGCUCAGUGCCUGGCGCCCCACAGCUGGAGGAGGCACCACUGACAGUGAAGAGUGACAUGGGUGCUGUUGUCCGGGUUAUGCAGCUGCCAGACUCGGGACUGGAGAUCCGUGACCGCAUGUGGCUUAAGAUCACCAUUGCUAAUGCUGUCAUUGGGGCGGACGUGGUGGACUGGCUGUACACACAUGUGGAGGGCUUCAAGGAGCGGCGGGAGGCAAGGAAAUACGCUAGCAGUAUGCUGAAGCAUGGCUUCCUGCGGCACACAGUUAACAAGAUCACCUUCUCUGAGCAGUGCUACUAUGUCUUCGGCGAUCUGUGCAGCAACCUCGCAGCCCUGAAUCUUAACAGUGGCUCCAGUGGAGCCUCGGAUCAGGACACACUAGCACCACUGCCUCACCCAUCUGCACCCUGGCCCUUGGGUCAGGGCUACCCCUACCAGUACCCGGGGCCCCCGCCCUGCUUCCCACCUGCCUACCAGGACCCUGGCUUCAGCUAUGGAAGCGGCAGUGCUGGGAGUCAGCAGAGUGAAGGGAGCAAGAGCAGUGGGUCCACAAGGAGCAGCCAUCGGGCCCCAGGCCGAGAGAAGGAGCGCCGUGCGGCUGGAGCUGGGGGCAGUGGCAGCGAAUCUGACCACGUAGCACCAAGCGGGUCUGGUAGCACUGGCUGGCGGGACCGUCCUGUUAGCCAGCUCAGCCGAGGCAGCAGCCCUCGAAGUCAGGCCUCGGCUGUCCCCCCAGGGCUUCCCCCGCUGCACCCCCUGACAAAGGCUUAUGCAGUGGUGGGUGGGCCACCAGGAGGGCCACCUGUCCGGGAAUUGGCUGCUGUUCCCCCAGAACUUACAGGCAGCCGUCAGUCCUUCCAAAAAGCCAUGGGGAACCCCUGCGAGUUCUUCGUGGAUAUCAUGUGAUCAGCAGCCAGUGCCUUCAGCCCUGUCUGUGGCAGGAGCCGGUGGUUCUGCUGUGCCAGGAACUCAAUGGGCUUGCCUUAGUGGUGGCCAGUCAGGAUAGGUCAGCUGUGGGGUCUGGGCCAGGGUAGUGGGAGUAAGCUGAGGGCAGCCAUACCAUCAGGGUCUGGGCUUGGCAUCUUGCCUGCUUCUGGGGCCUUUGGUGGUAGAGCAGCUUGCAGACCCUUGUGAGGGGACAUCUCUGUUCUUAGUUCCUUAGCACAAGCCUCAGGGAAUCCCUGGUUCCUUUUUUGGAGGUGACUCAUUUAGGACAAUGAUGAUCCUUUUGGGUUUUGUGUUGCCUCCACUCUCCCAGAACUGUGCACAGGGGUCUAGGCUGACAUCCCCCCAAUGAAUUCAUGGGCUUCACUUACCAGACCAAAGGGUUUGUGAGGGAUUAGACAGAGCCCUCAGGCCUCUCUGGCUGUCCAGGUGAGGUCUAACUUAUUUAUUUAUUCCUAUCCUGCCUGCUUUGAGGGCAGCAGCUGGUCAUCCAGUGGGGGCAGUUUGCAUGUCCCUCUCUCCACCUGAUACUCAGCAAAUGGCAACACAGGUUGUACUGGAAGUAUGUGGAGGGUGGCUAGUGGGAGAGACAGGAGACCAGGCACCUGUAUACUGUGUCUCAGCCUCAGAUGAAGUGGUGGUACACACAAUGGCUACAGAGAUGGGGUCCUGUCCUGUCUCAUCCUUGCUGUCCUGAUGGCUACCUAUCAUCAGUAUGUGCCACUGCCAUUCUAGCAUGGUGGCCCCACAUGUCUGCACUGUAGAUAUUGUGUCAAAGUUUGAGAGUCUGGGUAGUUCACAUAGAGCUGCUUCUGUGUAAAUGCUGCUUCUGUGUAAAUGCUAUUUUAAACACUAAAAAGCGUUUAAUUUUAUGGGA